CGAGGUAUCUCAAGUCUCGUUGUUGACUUAAAGCUCCUCACAUGUCUUGUCUUUGCUCCUGGCUCUCUUGCUCUCUCAUCUCUCUCUCUCUAUCGCCGUAGACUAUGGCCACCGUCACCGAUACGCCAAUCCGAAUUGGAGUAAUGGGAUGUGCAGUAAUCGCUAGAACAGUCUCCCGUGCCAUCGACCUCGCUCCAAACGCCACUAUCGCAGCCGUUGCAAGCCGCUCUUUAGAGAAAGCCAAAACGUUUGCUACCGCCAAUGGCUACCAGCAAUCUGUGAAGAUCCACGGUUCCUACGAGUCGAUUCUUGAAGAUCCAGAUGUUGAUGCUCUUUACAUUCCUCUUCCAGCUAGCCUCCAUGUCGAGUGGGCUAUACGUGCUGCCGAGAGUGGAAAGCACAUCCUUCUGGAGAAGCCAGUGGCUAUGAACGUAUCAGAGUUCGAUAAGAUUGUCGCGGCUUGUGAAAAGAACGGUGUUCAGAUUAUGGAUGGUACCAUGUGGGCUCAUCAUCCUAGAACGGCUAAGCUUAAGGAGUUCCUCUUCGAUUCAGACCGUUUUGGUCAGCUCAAAAACAUAAAUAGUUGCUUCUCAUUAGCUGUGGAUGAAGAUUUUCUUAAAAACAACAUCCGUGUGAAACCGAAUCUUGAUGGUCUCGGUGCGCUCGGAGACCUCGGAUGGUACGCAAUCCGAGCAGCUCUUUUCGCCAACAACUUCGAGCUUCCCAAAAUCGUCGCAGCCUCACCAGGGACUGUUCUGAACGAGUCAGGAGUGAUUCUCUCGUGCGGAGCGUCUCUGAGCUGGGAAGACGGACGAACCGCAAGCAUAUACUGCUCUUUUUUGGCAAACGUAGGGAUGGAGAUAACUGCCGUUGGAACAAACGGCACACUUUGUGUUCAAGACUUUGUUAUCCCAUUUGAGGAGACCCGAGCGACGUUCACCACUUGUUUGAAAUCUGGGUUCAAUGAUCCAUGGGUUAGUCGCCCGACCGAACACUCGGUUAAGACAGAGAUCCCGCAAGAGGCGUGCAUGGUGAGAGAAUUUGCUAGGUUGGUUGGAGAGAUCAAGAACAAAGGUGCAAAGCCUGACGGGUUUUGGCCAAACAUUAGCCGGAAGACGCAGCUGGUGGUUGAUGCUAUCAAAGAGUCUGUUGAUAAAAACUGUCAACAGAUUAGUCUCUCUGGUCGUUGAAGAAAAAAAAAAGGCUCAAAUUAUAUUUUCUUGUUUCCAAAAACUUUGUUCAUUCCAUGGUGGCUUUUCAGGUUUCUCCAAACUUCUUUGUUUGUUUCGUUUCGUUUCGUUUCUUUCUUCGUUUUUUUGAUAAUAAUAAACUCUUGGAGGGGGAAAAAAACUAAAUCAUCAAAGUUACAAGCAAGAGAAAAUGGCCAAAGAAAAGUUGUACGAGAAUUAGACGCAACUGCGAGAAGAGAAAUAAUGUUUGUUUUGUGGUUUGGUCUUUCUUGUAUGGUUUUUACAUAGUAUCCUAUUUUC